CAACCCUACACAAAAAUCACCUCACUUGCCAAUACACUCAUAACAGCAUUCCUUUUGUGUUUAUACUGCUCUAUAGUAGCGCUGUAAGUCUACAGUAGGAGCAGAAGAUACAACAACAACAACUCCAUCGUCAGUCAUCAUAUCAAACGCAGCUUGAACCUCACAUAACAACGACAAUGUCAUCCAAACGAGCUCUUACCACCCUCUCAAAUUCUCUCAAAAAACACCUCUCCUGCCCCCUCGGCGUAGCUUCAAUCUCGUCCUCAUCCACACAUGUUCACCCCCAGCCGGUGUCCCCCGCCGCAAGACCACCAUCCCGGGUAACCUCAGCCAUGCCUAUGCGCCAACCACGUCGACAUUUCACCACCACCCUCGCCCGACGAAAAGAGGACCCCUCGUCUACCUCAAAGAUAUACAGCAUGGCCGACAUCCAGAGCCUCACGGAAUCUCCCGACCCUCACCGGAUCUUGAUCGACGUACGUGAACCGGCCGAGUUGAAAUCUACAGGCAAGAUCCCGGGGAGUUACAACCUACCCAUCUCGGCAUCGGACGCUUAUUUCCUCCCGGCCGAAGAAUUCGAGGAGAGGUUCGGGUUUCAGAAGCCGGGCAAGGAAGACGAAGUGAUUUUCUACUGCAAGGCCGGCGUGAGGGGGAAGGCGGCGGCGCAGUUGGCGAGGCAGGCCGGGUUCGGUGGCAAGAUUGGAGAGUUUCCGGGCAGUUGGCUCGAGUGGGAUGCAAAAGGGGGGAAAGUUGAACGGGAGACGUGAAAAAGUUGACUUCGCCUCGAUGAAACAUAAUAAUCGAAUAUUGCAAUGUCAAAAUAUAAAAAAUUAAUGCAAUGCUGAAAAUGCCAAAAGUGUUGUCGUGAUGUUGGAUGCUGGUGAAAGGAGUGGGACGAUUUACGACGACGAGGAUGAGUAUCCCCCACCCUACCGACUUGACGGGAAGAAGGUCGCACUAGUUCGGUAAAUGAGUUGCCCUGGAUUGAACGAAGCACUACCCAAUGUUCGGGGAGGAUUCAAGGUCAUUUGUGGUGAGCUAGCGUUCCAGAGGAUAUGUGUAGACGUUGAAUGGGACGGUCCAGAUUACAAGGUAUUUCCAUGCUAUCUCAUAUCGUAGCUGACCGUAUCCCUACGAAGUAUCAGUGCUGUGUGUUCACCUGCUCUAUAUUUCGCAAAGGGUAUGAGACCACAUUACACGAUGUUUUAAUAUCGUGACGGUCCAGCAUCGACGUCCAG